AUGAAACAUCCGCGAAAGCAUCAUGACUCUCGUGCACGACCAUACCCCCUAGCUCGGCAUCGGAGAGCCCGGACGUCACGUGUUCGGUCUCGUCACUUUCAAGACAUAGACCCACCUAGGUCGACCCAUCCGAGACCAAAGAGAGUUGCCCGGCGUGCGGAUCACUCCGCCAGCGAUGAUCGAGGAGGAGACUACGGGCCGCGGUCUCGGGCUGAGCAACCCGUAGAAGGUGAAAGCCCUGACUAUGAAUCCGAAAGAGGUGAUUAUGGUGGCCAUUAUGAUGGCGGCUCUGCCAGCGAUUCUGGCGAGGAGAAUACCAGUCCAAGUCAUUCGGAGCUGGAGCAGAUCAAGGAUCUGAUUGUUGGGUCUCGCAGAGAUCAAAGCGAACGGUUUCUUGAAUUGGAUAAGAGAACGAGGGAAUUGGCUCAGCAGUACGUGUUAAUCCUGCAGAAGGUCUCCACAUUGCAGAAUAUAAUACAAGAGCUGCCGCAGGCAUUAGCCGCCAGAUUUUUAUCACCCCUUAUCCAGCGGACGUUCUCUAUAACACAAGAAAAACAAGACCAAGCGCAUCAUGGAGGGACGGGAGAAGGUGGAACAAUAGACCCAAUGGAGAUGUUUGGCACAGGCAACGAACCUUUUGGUUGA